AUGCCUAAAGAAAAAAAAGAAACAAAGGUAAAGAAAGAAAAGAAAGAAAAAAAAGAGAAAAAACCACAUAAAGAGAAACGUGAAAAAGAACGUUCUAAACAUAAAGAAAUAGUUCAAGAUAUUGGAACUAUAAUUGCAGAAACAGCUGAAACGACUGUAAAAACUGAAAAAGUUCCAAAAAAAGUUAAAACUUCAAAGACAACAGAAAAAGUUUCAAAAAAAUCAGAGAAAGUUUUAAAGACAGAAGAAGAGAAAGCUUUAAAUACAGAAGAGAAAGAAACAGAUACGACACAGAAAGAUGUUUCUAUGGUAGUACACUAUGAUUUGAGCGCUUUAAUACCGUUUGCUUCACCUUUGGCCACUGAAGAAUUUACUCUAGAAUUGAUGCAAAUUGUGAGAAAAGCUUCAAGAAGAAGGCAUUGUAGACGUGGUGUCAAGGAAGUUGUCAAAGCUCUGCAAAAAGGACAUGAAGGUCUUGUUGUGAUGGCUGGAGAUAUUUCACCUAUAGAUAUAAUUACUCACAUUCCAAUAUUAUGUGAAGACUUUAGUGUGCCUUACGUUUACAUUCCAUCGAGAGCAGAUCUCGGAUUUGCCUGCGCUACAAAGCGUCCUACUAGUGUAGUGAUGAUUGUUCCUGAUCUUAAGAAGGAAGAAACUUUCGAUUAUAAGGAGCAUUAUACGGCUUGUUAUAAUAAAGUGAAAGAAUUGGAACAAAAUGAGAUAUAG